CCAAUUAGUUUACAUAUGAAAUCAUCGCUGGUAAAAAUAAUGGGCGACGCCGAAGAAAUUAACGACAUUUGUUCCCAGGAUGGGGUGCUACUCAUACAGGCCAAAUCCACGUACAUGUCGUUUAUGAACUGUAUCGGUACAAUAUACAUUAACGAAACAAGAGCGGAGCCACGCGAAAAGUUCCUGGAAUGGAAACCAAACGACGUUACGGUCGAUUCGGAGAUACAGGAUCAGGAAUGGGCAGUUGUGAACACCGUACAGAAAAGGACAAGAACCAUAAGCGGGAGUCUGCCUUUGGACUAUCACAACAGGUUGAAGAGUCUGAGGACUCCGCUGAAAGACAUAUGCAGCUUCAAAGUCGCCAAUAAGAAUCGUCAGUUGAAGUUUUACGAUGGGAAAGGAGAUCUGAUUUGCACGUUUCUGUUCCAAACCAACUGUGAUUUUAUUGUGGGGAAAUUUAAGGAGUUUUUCACCACGUCGCCAUCGAGGCGGGACAGGAAUUUGUUUUAUGUACAGGAACAGAAUACACCAGAGUACCAACAGCUGACUAGGUCUUUUGCCGAGCUCAACUUGCCUGAUGAUUAUGGGAUGUGGAAACUUCUCAACAAUUUCAAGCAACAGCCUGUUGAAGCUACCCUGGAGGCUUUCUCCAAAGUCACUACAAUCGUGUAUAGAACCAUGGAAAAACCAGAAAUCAACGAGAAAGACAAGGAAGAACUGAAUCGCAGCAUCACCGAAUACGGAACGUCCGGAUCUAGCGAAUAUGAAGUCGUCCCCAAAGUUCCCGAAUUACCCACACGUCCCGAAUUCCCUCGUUUGAAACCUCUGAACCGAGAACUGUGGCUCGAUCAUAUCGAUCGCGAGGGUAAAAUUUCGGACGUUGAGUCCGUAAAAAAUCACAUCUUCCGUGGUGGCAUUUGCCCCAGUUUGCGCCACGAGGUGUGGAAAUACCUUUUGGAAUAUUAUCCCUGGGAUAGCACCCAUUUAGAGCGGCAAAAGAUCGUUGAAUUAAAGAGGGAGGAGUAUUAUAAAAUGAAGGUGCAGUGGAAGACGAUAUCUAAAGAACAGGAAGACAACUUUAGUGAUUACAGAGACAGGAAAUCACUCAUAGAAAAAGACGUCAGCAGAACCGACCGGACUUUAGAUUUUUAUAAGGGGGACAACAAUGCAAAUCUAACCACUUUAUAUGAGAUCUUAAUGACUUAUGUAAUGUACAACUUUGACUUGGGCUAUGUGCAAGGAAUGAGUGAUCUUCUUUCACCCUUACUUAUGUUACUCCAGGACGAAGUCGAGGCGUUUUGGUGCUUCGUCGGCUUUAUGAAAAUCAUGUGCUCUAACUUUGACAUUGACCAAGCUGGCAUGAAGGAACAGUUCAAAAAAUUGCAAGAUCUGUUGGCGUUCUACGAACCUCAGCUAUACGCCUAUUUGCAAGAGCACGAGUCCGCCAACAUGUUCUUUUGCUUCCGUUGGCUUUUGGUGUGGUUCAAACGCGAAUUGAGUCAAGAUGAUGUGAUGCGUUUUUGGGAGGUGCUGUGGACCGGCUUGCCCUGCGAAAACUUCCAUUUGUUGAUCGCCGUUACGAUUUUAGAUAAUGAGAAGAAGGCUCUCAUGUCUAACGACAACGGGUUCACCGAAAUACUUAAGCAUAUAAACGAUUUGAGUGGAAAAUUGGACAUAGAUUCGAUUUUCAACAAAGCAGAAGGCAUUUUCCACCAGAUAAAGGCGUCGGAACAUCUGACGGAUACUGUGAGAUUGAUUCUGGGAUUACCUAUUCCGCCCCCGAGUUUAGCGACGAGUAGUUCGAGGGAGAUUUCACCCCUGAAUGAAGAUGGGGAAUCAUCGCUGCCCAGGUGUUCUGUAAACGAAGUCAGAAUAUCGCCUGAUGAAGCCACUUACGAAAGAGGUUUGGACCAAUCGUUUACUUAGAAAGUACGUUUACCUACGUACGUAGAAAAAAAUGAAAAAAGGCAUUUUAAGAAACGUUCGUCCACACGAUAAAAUGAAUAUAGUCCAAAUGGAUUGGGGUCGUAUAACGAAAACAAUUAAAAAAGUCUUGUAACUCGUGCCCUGUGAUAAAUUUUACUACACUAGAUUGUAUAAGUAUCACCAAAAUUUUGCCAAUUUUAUUAAUAAUUAACACCAAUUAGGCUAAUAUUUUAAAAGAGGUUAUUCUCUAGUCGCGUUUACUGCUUGAAUGCCCGUAAAACAGGUUUUCUUUAAUUAGGACUAUUUGUAACGCAGUCAUUUAGAUUUUAUUUAUACGUUUCACCCCAUAUACAGGUGUGGAUGAUUUGUUCGUAACUUUAACGCAGUCAGAACGAUGAAGAGCAAUAAUUAAAACACAUAGUGUUACAUAAUGCCUUUCAAGAUUGUGUCUUAUUUCAAUUUUCCUAGUUAAUUGUACUGUGGUAUUUCAUAUGACGGCUUUGUUGCUGCAGCUUCUUAAUGAUUGUUAUUUGUGUAUUUUUUCAAAGUUUUAUUUUUGUACUGUCUUGUUUUAAAAUGUAUUCUAUGUAUAUUAUAUUAUAUAAGUUUAAUUGUAUAAUGAGCAAAACAUAUAGAAUUUGUAUUAAUGUUUUCCUUGGAACUUUUAAUAAACUGUUGUAUAUUUAUCAUCAAA